AUGGAUAGCAUGCAGCAGCCUGUUCGACGCUUCAAGUCUUCGUGUACCGAAUGCCAACGGCGCAAGCAGAAGUGUAAUCGGAUUUAUCCAUGCUUGCACUGCAAGAAUCGCUCAACGCAACGGGAAUGUCGGUUCAUCGAGAAAUCGGCUACCAAAGCGAGCGAUCAGACCCAAGUCAAGACUGCAACAGCAUCUGAGACAGCCGCCAAAGUUACAGCAAAAGGCCGGGGAGCUGGCUCGAAAAGACGCUACGACAGCAGUGAUGAUUCCGACUCUGACUGUGAUUCCGAGUCUGACCUGGACAUGGACGGCGGGAAAGGAUCCAUCAGACAGAAGAACGCCGGCAUACGUCGCAGGGAACGCCCACAGGGGAAACAGUACAUGAGGUCGGCCGCAACCUGUCUCGAAUUGCAGAGUGCCUUGGACUCCCUCCCGAGACGAGAACACGUGGAUGCUCUCAUCAUCAGCUUUUUCCGAAACGUAAACCCUCACUAUGGCAUUCUUCACAGAUCCGACUUUAGCCGCGAAUACGAUCGUUGGUGGAAUCGGAGGGACAGAAACUAUGCGCUUCCCAUUCCAUUGACAUGCCUCGUACUGAUGAUGUGCGCAUGUGCAUGCCAGCAUCUACCAGUCGACUACCAGGCGAGGCUGGAGCGAAUGCUCAACGCCAGUUGCCAAGACCGCACUGAGACUUAUCAUUAUCAUGCACGAUGCCUCCAUGGCGUGGCACCCGUCGGCCGCUACCACAGGAACAAUGUUCUGUGGCUCUUGCACUCGGUUUAUUGGUACAAAGCCGAGGCCAUGUUUACAGAAUGCUGCCAUGUCUUCAACACAGCUGUUCGGGAAGCCCAAGAGCUCGGAUUUGACACUGAAAAAGAUGCUGAUGUUUUGCCAAAUUUUGAGUUGGAGAUGCGGCGGAGGUCAUGGUGUGUGAUAGAUUCGUGGGACUGGCAAAUUGCUUCGGGACUCUUUCGACAGACCUUGGUUGAUCACAGCAACUGUCGCGCCGGGCGCCCCUCGCUGACCCUGGAACCUGACGGAAGCUUUUCCCCUCUGCUGCACAUGGUCAUGCAGUCAGAGCUGGUCCACCAACUAGCCGAGCGAUUCUCUGCCCCGUCGAAUGUGAAGACUCACGAGCAGCUCAUGGAAUACAAGGGUAUGGUCGACGAGUGGAUGCUGAGCUUCCCCCCCAUCUUUGCAUUGGUGAACCCCGACACGUCAAACGACAAGAAACAGGUCUGGAUCGAGUAUCAUCGCCACUACAAUUACACAAUGGGAUACAUGAUGCUCUUGAACCCGUUUCGCCCACACAUGCAGAAGACAUACACAGACCAGUCUUCUGAAGAGAUGCUGGAGCUUCGCCGGGUGGUCAUCGACUUGACGCUGCUCCUAGUGAGAGUGUUGGACAACUGGCUAAAGUUCCUCACAUUUCGCGAUGGACGUUUCCAUUUCAUCAUAUUCUCCCUAGUCGAUGCGGCCACGGUGCUCAGCAACGUGGUAGUAAACGACAAGACUGGGGAAGUUCCUCGGCGAGAUGAUAUCUACCGCGCUGCCAAGCUUGCCCUUGUUCUUCAGAGGAAGCUCUUGUUCCUCUCGGAAUCGGCCAAAGUGGCAUUUAGGAUUGUCCAGAAACUUGUUAGGCGCAUGUUUCGCGGUACACCU